AUGAAUGUUAUGCAAGAAAAUUUAGUAAUAAGUGAUGUAGAGGUGCCUCAGUUAUUCGGGGACCACAGUGCAAACCAUUUGGGAGAGAAAUUUUCCACCAACCAAGGAAUCACCGCUGGAAUGGAUGUUGAGAUUAAUGGUACCGAGUAUGCUUCGAAAGUCGAGCAAGUGGUUUCAUCUGAGCUGGAAUACACUACCAUGAAAGCAAACGCUUCAAUCCAGAACAGCACAGAACAAGUUUUUGAUAACUUCUAUUUCUACGAGACUGAACAAUUUGCAGUAUUAUGGAUUUUAUUCGUAGUGAUUGUACUAGGCAAUAUGGCUGUGUUAGUAACGUUGUUUUUGAACAAGAAUCGUAAAUCGAGAAUGAACUUUUUUAUCAAGCAACUAGCGAUUGCAGAUCUCAGUGUCGGCAUACUGUGUGUACUGACGGACAUUGUGCAGAGGGUAACCAUCUCCUGGCUGGCGGGGAAUGUAGCCUGCAAGGUGAUUCGCUUCACACAGGUGUGGGUUACGUACGCAUCUACCUACAUGCUAGUCGCUUUAAGCAUCGACCGCUACGAUGCGAUAACCCAUCCGAUGAACUUUUCCGGCUGCUGGAAAAGAGCACGAAGAUUGGUUGCAGCCGCUUGGGGUUUCAGCGCUGUGUUUUCGUCGCCAAUGUGCUAUCUGUACGAGGAACGUGUUAUUCAAGAUCAACUACAGUGCUGGAUCGAGCUUGGCGAUGCUCUUCGGUGGCAACUCUAUAUGUGCUGGGUGGCUGCCUCUCUGUUCGUGAUACCAGCGUUUAUUAUCUCAGCCUGCUAUGUGAUAAUUAUUAAAACGAUAUGGUCAAAGGGUUCUAUGCUCGGACCUGUCAAUGAUAAAUACCGACAGCGAAACGGCAGCGGUGACUUGGCUAGCCGCCGUGCCAGUUCCAGAGGCAUCAUUCCAAAGGCCAAAGUGAAAACUGUCAAGAUGACUAUUGUCAUAGUGAUAGUCUUCGUACUCUGUUGGUCUCCGUAUAUCGUGUUCGAUCUGUUGCAGGUGUUUGAGCAGAUUCCGAGAACACAAACCAACAUUGCCAUCGCCACUUUCAUCCAAAGCCUGGCACCGCUCAAUUCAGCGGCCAAUCCGCUGAUCUAUUGCUUAUUCUCAACACAUUUUGUCAGAACACUAAAAAGACUUCCACCUUUCCGAUGGCUGUUUUCAUCCGGCCUAUGCUGUACGAGUCCUGAUGAUAGCAACAGUCACAGUGGGUAUGGGCAAACCUCCAACGGGAGCCGGUUGCGAAAUCAGCACAGCAGUGACUCUAUGCGGACGCUUACCACAUCUCUGACAGUGUCCACCCGGAGGCCAACCACCAUUCUGCGGUCUACGAGGGUUAUUGUAUAG